AUGACCAACAUUACACCUCAAAGGAGAGAUGCGUACGACACGGAAACGAGUCAUGAACAUGUCAACGAUAUAGACGUGAUACGUGACCCGACGCUUGUCGCAGAGGCCAAGCAAGCUACAAAUACCGAACAGCAGAUGACGCUUCUCAAGGCCGUAAAUCUAUACCCAAAAGCCAUAUUUUGGUCUCUAUUGCUGUCAUCGACGCUCAUCAUGGAAGGCUACGACCUAGCGCUACUUAGCAGCCUAUACGCAUCACCCGUAUUCAACAAGAAAUUCGGCACUUAUAAUGCUGCUAGUGGUAAAUGGGCGGUCUCGGCGGCAUGGCAGUCUGGACUUUCCAACGGCGCACGAGCCGGCGAGAUUCUCGGCCUCAUUUUCGCCGGUUGGCUCUCGGAUCGCUAUGGGUACAAGAUGACGACAAUCGGAUCAUUAAUUCUGAUCAUGUCAUUUGUGUUUGUUCUGUUCUUCGCGCCAAACGUACAAGUCCUUGUCGUUGGUGAAGUACUUUGCGGUAUUCCUUGGGGUGCUUUUCAGUCUGUUACCCCGGCGUAUGCCUCCGAGGUUGCCCCCGUGGUUCUUCGGCCCUAUUUGACUACGUCUAUCAAUAUGUGUUGGGUCAUUGGUCAAUUUUUUGCCGCCGCUGUGAACAAGGCUUCUGUUGGCCGACCUGAUGAAUGGGCCUAUAGAAUUCCAUUUGGAGUACAAUGGGUAUGGCCGAUACCGAUACUCGCUGCAUUGGUGUUCGCACCCGAAUCACCUUGGUGGCAUGUCCGACACGGUAAUCGAGAAGCAGCUAGGGCCUCGCUCCUAAGACUCACAUCCCAAAACGACUCAACCUUCAACGUGGAUGAGACGAUAGCUAUGAUUGAACAUACCAACCAACUUGAGAAGCGGAUGAAAGCUAGCUUUACCUAUCGAGAUUGCUUCAAAGGGGUUGACCUUCGGCGUACGGAGAUUGUUGUGGGAAUUUGGCUUGUUCAAACAUUAGGGGGCCAAAACUUGAUGGGCUACUUUGCUUACUUCCUGACACAAGCCGGGAUGGAUGCAUCUAAUUCUUUUUCCCUAUCCAUGGGGCAAUACGCACUAGGAAUGGUCGGCACAGCUGGAUCCUGGAUCCUUAUGUCCCACGUCGGCCGACGAACCAUCCACUUCAGCGGCCUCUGCUGCCAGUUUAUUAUCCUCAUUAUCGUCGGAUCUCUCUCAUUUUCCAACGAAAAUGGUUCCGUAUGGGCUAUAGGCGCAAUGUUAAUCGCUUUUACCUUCGUGUACGACUUCACCAUUGGGCCAGUAACAUACUCGUUAAUCUCAGAGCUGUCAUCGACGCGACUUAAGGCCAAAACCAUCGUUCUCGCCCGCGCGGGAUAUAAUGCGAGUAAUAUUUUCGUAAAUGUCAUGACGAACUAUCAGCUCUCGUCCACGGCUUGGAACUGGGGUGCAAGAACUGCGUAUUUCUGGGCUGGUACUUGUUUCUUAUCUUUAAUUUGGGUCUUCUUCCGAUUGCCUGAACCAAAAGGAAGAACAUAUGCCGAGUUAGAUUUACUGUUCGAAAAUCAUGUUCCCGCUCGUAGUUUCGCGAAAACUAGGAUUGAUCCGUUUUCUCAGCGAAUAGGUGGUGAUGUACAGAGGAUUCUAGUCGAGGAAAAGUCGGAAAGAAGACAUGAGUGAGCUUAAAACAGGCAUGGCAAGAUAAUAGACAAAAUUUUAUAUAAUUAAAUGGUUAAGGGCUUACAUUCCUAUGAACUUCAGCCCAUUUA